GCCUUAGCGGGAUGAAAGCACCGUGUGGCAGUGAACGCGUUAGGCCCUCCCGCGGGGCGGAGGGAUCUGACACCUUGCUGGAACUGCAGCCGCGGGAUUCGGGGCGCUGACAGGCUCCCUGUGUGGAGUUGAGAAGGACUCAGAAGAAGAAAGAAUGGCAGUUGUACAUUCAAAAGUAAAGUGUAAGGGAUAUUGCUGGGCCUAGUGCUGGCACUAUGAAUCCACUGCUCCUGGCGGACAUUCUUUUCCAUCUUAUUGGACAGGACAGACAGAAGUUGAGAGGGGAGGAAAACAGAGGGAGAGAGAAAGACACCUGUAGACCUGCUAUGCUGCUGUGAAGCGUCCCCGCUGCAGCAUACUGAAGAUCUUCCAUUGCCUUCUGGAUUCUUUGUUGCUCAUGAGAAGUCUCAUUGUUACUACUUUAAUUUGCCUUUAAAGUGUGCAAAUAAAGACUUUUUUUGAAAAAAUAAAAAUAAAAAGGAUAAUAUGGCACAGAAUUAUUCCAAUGGGAAAUGAGUGACAAGAUUGAAAAAUGUGAUCUUGUGCAGUCCAGUCCUAUAGAUUAUUUGCAAGUCAAGGGCACAUUGGAAGGUCAGCAAAAUCAGGAAUAUUUCAGACAAGGGAUAGUUAUAUAUGAAAAAAAUGUCUGUUUUCAAUCAGAAUACUUACUUAACUCAACAUCCUAUAUGUCAUUCUACUGAGAAACCUUAUAAUUGUAAGGAAUGUGGGAAGGCUUUUAGACGAGCCUCACACCUGACUCAACAUCAGAGUAUACAUACUGGUGAAAAGCCUUAUGAGUGUAAACAGUGUGGGAAGGCCUUUAGUCGUGAUUCACAGCUCACGCUUCAUCAGAGACUUCAUACUGGUGAGAAACCCUAUUCAUGCAAGGAGUGUGGGAAGGCUUUUACUCAGAGCUCACAACUGAUUUUACAUCAUAGAAUUCAUACCGGUGAAAAACCAUAUAAAUGUGAAGAAUGUGGAAAAGCCUUUAUUCGUAGCUCACAACUCACCCGACAUCAAAAAGUUCAUACUGGUGAGAAACCUUAUGAAUGUAAAGAAUGUGGGAAGGCCUUUACUCAGAACUCACAACUAACUCUGCACCAGAGACUUCACACUGGUGAGAAACUCUAUGAAUGUAAAGAAUGUAGAAAGGUCUUUACCCAGCUCUCACAACUUAUUCUGCAUAAGAGAAUCCAUACAGGUGAAAAGCCCUAUGACUGUAAGGAAUGUGGGAAAGCUUUUAUUUGUGGUUCACAGCUCUCUCAACAUCAGAAAAUUCACAAUGGGGAAAAGCCAUAUGAAUGUAAGGAAUGUGGAAAGGCCUUUAUUCGUGGCUCAUUACUUAUGCAGCAUCAGCGGAUCCAUACUGGUGAAAAACCCUAUAAAUGUGAAGAAUGCGGGAAGGCAUUUAUCCGUGGUUCACAACUUACUCAACACCAGAGAAUCCAUUCUAAUGAGAAACCCUAUGAAUGUAAGGAAUGUGGAAAGACUUUUAGUCAUGGCUCACAACUUACUCAACAUCAGAGAAUUCACACUGGUGAAAAACCCUAUCAAUGUAAGGAAUGUGGAAAGGCCUUUAAUCGUGGCUCACUACUUACUAGACAUCAGAGAAUCCAUACAGGUGAGAAACCUUAUGAAUGUAAGGAAUGUGGCAAGACCUUUAGUCGUGGCUCAGAACUUACUCAACAUGAGCGAAUACACACUGGUGAGAAACCUUAUGAAUGUAAAGAAUGUGGAAAAUCUUUUAUUCGUGGCUCACAGCUCACUCAACAUCAGCGAAUUCAUACUGGUGAAAAACCCUAUGAAUGUAAAGAAUGUAGGAUGGCUUUUACACAGAGUUCACAUCUUUCUCAACAUCAGAGACUUCAUACUGGUGAAAAACCCUAUGUAUGUAAUGAAUGUGGGAAGGCAUUUGCCCGUGGCUUACUGCUUAUACAACAUCAGAGGAUACACACAGGUGAAAAACCAUAUCAGUGUAAGGAAUGUGGGAAAGCCUUCAUUCGUGGUUCACAACUUAAUCAACACCAGAGAAUCCACACUGGAGAAAAGCCCUAUGAAUGCAAGGAAUGUGGAAAGGCCUUUAGUCAUGGCUCUCAACUUACACUACAUCAAAGAAUUCAUACCGGUGAAAAGCCAUAUGAAUGCAAAGAAUGUAGAAAGGCCUUUACACAAAGUUCACAUCUUUCUCGACACCAGAGAAUUCAUACCGGUGAGAAACCGUAUCAAUUAACUCCUUUUAAGUGUAAUCAUUGUGGAAAAGGUUUUAGUCAGACCUUGGAUCUCAUCAGACACUUAAGAAUUCAUUCUGGAGAAAAGCCCUAUGAAUGUAAGAAGUGUAGCAAAGCCUUCAGCCACAAGGAAAAACUUACUCAGCAUCAUAAAAUUCAUAGUAGAGAGAUGUCUUAUGAAUGUAACGAAUGUGGAAAAGCUUUUAUUAAAAUGUCAAAUCUCAUUAGACAUCAAAGAAUCCAUACUGGAGAGAAGCCUUAUGCAUGCAAAGAAUGUGGAAAAUCCUUCAGCCAGAAAUCAAAUCUAAUUGAUCAUGAAAAAAUUCAUACUGGAGAGAAACCUUAUGAGUGUAGUGAGUGUGAAAAAUCAUUCAGCCAGAAGCAAAGCCUCAUUGCACAUCAGAAAGUUCAUACUGGGGAAAAACCUUACGCAUGUAAUGAAUGUGGUAAAGCCUUCCCUCGUAUUGCAUCCCUUGCUCUUCAUAUGAGAAGUCAUACAGGAGAAAAACCUUAUAAAUGUGAUAAAUGUGGGAAAGCAUUCUCUCAGUUUUCCAUGCUUAUUAUUCAUGUGAGAAUUCAUACAGGUGAGAAGCCCUAUGAAUGUAAUGAAUGCGGAAAAUCCUUUUCUCAAAGUUCUGCUCUUACUGUACAUAUGAGGAGUCAUACUGGUGAAAAACCUUAUGAAUGUAAGGAAUGUACAAAAGCUUUCAGCCACAAGAAAAACUUCAUUACACAUCAGAAGAUUCAUACUAAAGAGAAACCUUAUGAGUGUAACGAAUGUGGGAAAGCUUUCAUUCAGAUGUCAAAUCUUGUUAGACACCAGAGAAUUCAUACUGGAGAGAAACCCUAUAUCUGUAAGGAAUGUGGCAAAGCCUUUAGUCAGAAAUCAAAUCUCAUUGCUCAUGAAAAAAUUCAUUCUGGAGAGAAACCCUAUGAAUGUAAUGAAUGUGGUAAAGCCUUCAGCCAAAAACAAAACUUUAUUACACAUCAGAAGGUACACACUGGAGAGAAACCUUAUGAUUGUAAUAAAUGUGGUAAAGCUUUUUCUCAAAUUGCAUCCCUUACUCUUCAUCUGAGAAGUCACACAGGGGAAAAGCCUUAUGAAUGCGAUAAAUGUGGGAAAGCUUUCUCUCAGUGCUCACUACUUAAUUUACAUAUGAGAAGUCAUACAGGUGAGAAGCCUUAUGUAUGUAACGAAUGUGGGAAAGCUUUCUCUCAAAGAACGUCCCUUAUUGUGCAUAUGAGAGGUCAUACAGGUGAAAAACCGUAUGAAUGUAAUAAAUGUGGAAAAGCCUUCUCCCAAAGUUCAUCACUUACUAUACACAUACGAGGUCAUACAGGUGAAAAACCAUUUGACUGUAGUAAAUGUGGAAAAGCCUUCUCUCAAAUAUCAUCUCUCACACUUCAUAUGAGAAAACAUACAGGUGAGAAACCUUAUCAUUGUAUUGAAUGUGGCAAGGCUUUCAGUCAAAAGUCACACCUUGUUAGACACCAGAGGAUUCACACAUAUUAGAAAUUCUAUUACUGGGAGUCAGGUGAUAGUGCAGUGGUGCGAAGCACAAAGACUGGCGCAUGGAUCCUGGUUCAAUCCCCCGAUCCCCACCUGCAGAGGAGUCGCUUCACAGGUGGUGAAGCAGGUCUGCAGGUGUUUAUAUAAAAAAUAAAAUAAAAAUUAUGUUACUUUUAUGAAUAUGAGAUUCUCAUUCCACAUUACAUAGUCAGUUCCAGGGCAGAAACUACGAAUGUAGAAAAAUUCUUUGAAGAAGAAACAUAUUUGUAAAAUGACAUUUUUAGCAAGCUAACAGAUAUAUGAUCAGAAAGCUGAUUAGAGAAAUCCUCCAAAAAUCACCUCUUUAUAAUAUUCAGCAUUCUUUAAAAUGUAAAGUGAGCUGUACACUAUUAGCACAUAAUUCUAAUACUUGAGCUCUAGGUCAGUGUACUAUGCAAGAGAAAGAAAAUUAGAAAUAAAUGAGAAUCUAAAGAUAACCUUUUAUAGAAGAAAAUAUGUUGAUGUAUCUUAAUAAAAAUGAAUUGCAAUAUUCUUACAUAUGUAUAUAUAGAGAUGAAAAACAUCAUAAUUUAUAAAAUAACAUUGAAAAGACAACAUUGUAAAAACAUUUUUUUCCUCUCCUCAGUUGUAAGUUUAAAGUAAAUCUGCAAUUGGAGCAUCUUUUUCAAAGUUCUCAUUUACUUGUAAUUUUUUCUUUCCUUUUUUUAAUACAAUUUUUAUUUAUAAAAAUGAAACAGUGACAAAAACCAUUAGGAUAAGAAGGGUACAACUCCACAUAAUUUCCACCACCAGAACUCCCUAUCCCAUCCCCUGUUAGCUUUCCUAUUCUUUAACCCUCUGGGAGCAUUGACCAAGGGACAUUAUGGGGUGCAGAAGGUGGAAGGUCUAGCUUCUAUAAUUGCUUCCCUGCUGAACAUGGGCACUGACAUGUUGAUCCAUACUCCCAGCCUGUCUCUCUCCCUGAUGGGUCGGGACUCUGGGGAAGCAGGGCUCCAGGACACAUUGGUGGGGUCAAUAGGGUCGUCUGCCAAGGGAAGUCAGCUCGGCAUCACAAUAGUGUGUGGAACGUUCCUACUCAUGACCACAGAAUGUGAGCUCAGAUCUACAGGGAUCCAGAGGUCAGAUAGGCUCCUAAGCUGAACAUGGGCCCCAGAUCAGAUCAUUUACCUGUAUUUUAAAGAAUUUCACAAACGAACUCAAAACUUUAUAUAGAAAUAUAGAUGAUACAACCUACUACGUAUCAUCACAUACUUCAUUUAGAGCUGGUGUCAUUUAUAAGAUACUUAAUGAUGAAAUGAAUUACUAGAGACAACAUGAGGACAAAUACAAAAACCAAAGGAGAGAUGGAUAUUAUAUAUUAGUGUUACUAAAGUCAUUUAAAAAGAGUGGCUGUAUCAGUAAAUGGAAGUUUUAAGGUUCAUAUGAACAUUAAAAAUGUUCUGCUUUAUAUUACAUACAAAAAUAAAAUCCAGGUGUAGUGAAUACCAGUAUAUAAAAACAAAUAUGGUCCAGUUAAUUCUGUUUCAGUAUUUUGGCCUCAAAAGUAUAGUCAUAAUUUUAUAUAUAUACUGGAUCAUGGUUUGUGUCACUCUUUAAUUUGGCUAUAACAAAUUUCCAUCAGUAAAGAGCAGAGCAAUAAUAUUCCCUUGAUAGAGUCCAGUAGAACACCAGUUUUCAUGAAUUAUGUAAACUAUACAAUUUAAGAGAAAAAGCAAUGAGACAAAUUUGUAAGUUUCAUAAAAUAAUGCUGAAAGUACUGUAUUGAUCAUGGAUCUAUGUACAUGGAAUAUUGGUUGCCUUUUAGAAAGUGGGAAAGCUUUGGAUAAGGUUAUAUUUAUCUGUAAUAUUUCUUUAAUAAAAAAUUAAAGCAAACAU